AUGUCUUCUAAUAACUGGUUGUUUAAUGGUUUUACAGGUUCUCGAUCAGAAUUUGAUUCACGCUUUUCCUCAGUUCAGUUUAUUAAUGUUUCCUUAUGGGAUUUCGUUCCAGUGGAAAUACGCAAUAAAUUAUCUCAGUUAAAAGAGAGUAAUCAACAGGUCAGGGAUUUGAUUGAUUAUUUAAUUGGUUGUAAUGUGACUACAGUCAGUGAAACUGCCAUUCAAAUAUCAGAAAAUAUCGGAAAAUCUGCAUUGUGCCAAUCCAUUCUACUCUCUGUUGAUCGUGCAAAAUCUAUGCUUGAAUCCAUAUCCAGCGACGAAACAUUAUCAGAAAUUGAAUUAAAUAGAAAAAAGAGUGGAUCGCUUUUAUGUACUUCACAAGCCUGCCAUAGUUUAAAUAUUUUACACAGAUGUAUAAUUAAUGUCGAGAUGCACGGAAAACUUACACCAAAUAUUAAACAGCUGCUUAUAAAAUUGUUAUCAGAUGUCGAACGGUGCGAUAAUUCAGCUGAAAAAAUUGAUAUAGCUGUGAAUAAUUUUUUUGCAAAUCUGGACUUGGCUUUGAAAAAAACCCUUUCCAUUCUUGAAGAAUACCAAAAGAAAUAUGAAGAAAUGAAAGAAAGAUAUAAUGUGAUUUCAAGUGAACUGAACGAUGCUAGGGAAUCGGAUUAUAAAUCCAAAGCUAUGAUUGCAAACCUGUGCUCUCAUUUAGAAGCGGAAGUGAAGAAACGAACCCAACUGGAAAAUUAUCUAGAACAAUCAAAUGAAAAAAAUCGUAUUUUAGAGAAUGAUAUAAAAGAUCAAAAGCUGGAAAUUGAUGAAAUGCAAAUUUCACUUAAUGUAAAAAAGUCGCUAAUAGCAAAUGCUAAAAAUUAUAUCGAGGAAUGGGAGAAAAGUUUUGAUGAAAUCAAUCAAAAACGAAGGGAUACUAAUCAUGAAAACGAAGAACUAAAAAGAUUACUUAGUGGAAAAGAAAGAGAAUUAAUUCAGUUGGAAGCAAAAUGUUAUACAGCCAUUAAUGAAACCACGAAAAAAGAAAGAGAAAUGCGCUAUUUGGAAGGCAAAUUUAUUAGAUCCAAAGUUAUCAUCAAAAUUUUAAGAAGAAAAUAUGAGAAAAGAGAAAAUUUUUUGAUUGAAAUGGAAUCGAUAUUAAAAGCAACGAAGAUAAAGCUUGAUUGUACACGGGAAAUUAAGAGAAUGCUCCAGGAAAUGGUUGAUCGGCUAAAACGAUUUCUUGCUGAACAUGGUUGUAAUAUUGAUGAAAUAGCGCAAUUGAGAAAUUCUGAUCCUAUUUUAUCUUCAAGUGCAUUUGGUCCAAUUAAUUUGUCUACAGUUGAUUCAUUCAAAGUUGAGACGUUGUAUUGUAAGUUAUCUAAGAAGUCGAAAAAAAUUGAGAAUUUGGAACAAAGGCUGGAACAAAGUAAAGAAAAUUUCUACAUUCCUGAUUGGCGCAAAGAAAGUGACGACGAAAUAAAAAUCGACGAUGAAGAUUUGGGAAUCACAUCAUUCUCAACGUUUUCGACCGUACGUCAUUAUGACUGCAGGGAAGCUUACGGAGUCUUUCACCGAUUUCGUGGAAGCUCAUGGUCCUCUUUAACUGCAUGCCGUAGUAGUUUCGAGAAACUAGAUUAUACUACGUUAUUUGACUUUACUUUCAAUGAGCAGCCAAUAGCUUAUUUGGCUACUCCAUAUUCUCAAUAUUCUCAAGGACGAGGAUUGGUGUUAACUUUAUUGAAGCCAAGCCAUUAUAAACUACUCGAAUUUUAUUCAUUGGUAUUCACAGGGUAA